AUGGAUGAAAAGCCGACUAUUAAACCGGGAUACUACGCAACUGAAUUAGUCAAAACGGUUUGGGUCGUCCCUGAAAGAUAUCAAAAUCUAACUCCUAUUGGGACUGGUGCAUAUGGAACCGUUUGCGCGGCAGAGUGUAUGCAGACGGGUAUGAAAGUAGCAGUUAAAAAAUUUACCCGCCCAUUUCAAAGUCCAAUACAUGCAAAAAGAACUCAUCGGGAGCUACGUUUGUUGCGUUCUAUGAAUCAUGAUAAUAUCAUUGACAUAAUGGAUAUCUUUACUCCAGAUUUGGACGCCCAAUCUCUACAAGACGUGUAUUUUGUGUCAAUGCUUAUGGGGGCUGACCUUUCAAAUAUAAUGAAAAUUCAGCGCUUAAGCGAUGACCACAUUCAAUUCCUUAUUUAUCAAAUCUUGCGUGGUUUAAAGUACAUUCAUUCGGCUGGUAUUAUUCACCGUGAUCUUAAGCCUUCUAACAUUGCUAUGAACGAAGAUUGUGAACUUAAGAUACUAGAUUUUGGCUUGGCGCGGCAAACAGAUAAUGAGAUGACUGGUUAUGUGGCUACGCGAUGGUAUCGUGCUCCUGAAAUUAUGCUUAACUGGAUGCAUUAUACUCAGACUGUGGAUAUUUGGUCUGUUGGAUGUAUAAUGGCGGAACUUAUCACGGGAAGGACUCUUUUUCCAGGAGCCGAUCAUACCGACCAGUUAACACGAAUUAUGAAUGUGGUUGGCACACCAGAUGAAGAAUUCCUUUCUAAAAUCCAGUCUGACGAUGCGAGAAGUUACAUCCGUAACCUUCCAAAAAUGCCACGCAAAGAUUUUAGAAAACUGUUCCCUAGCGCCUCACCUGAAGCGGUUGAUUUACUAGAAAGGACUUUAAGUUUGGACCCUGAUCAACGACCAACUGCCAGUGAAGCCCUGGAGCAUCCUUAUUUGAAACAGUACCACGAUCCGUCUGAUGAACCAGAGUCUAAGCCAUUGGAUAUAGACUUUGACGGAGAUUUGAACAUAGACGAAUGGAGAGUUCUAAUAUGGCAAGAAAUUAUGGAUUUUCAAGCUGGAAGGCGACAAAAUCAGGGUUGA